CUUCGGGUUUGUUGCAUUUACCAAAACUAUGGAGAGAGAAGGUAUUUAUAAAUAUUAUACGGAAGGGUUUCCGAAUGAGCGUUCGGAAGAAGCUCGGCACAAGCGCAUCUUGGACUCGAUCAAAAGGGCAAUGCCUGUCAAAAUGAGCUCUGAAUUGGAGCAAACGCUAAUGCAAACUAUUGAGAACCCGAAUAUAUUACUGACCAACGAUGUUCAGGUUUAUCGAGAUCACAUACAGCAGAAUGGACACUGUUUCGACCAGCCAGAUCUGCCGAAAUGCAGUGCCCGAGCAGCAAAACACCGUUGCGACGGUAAUUUAUUGUACGCGAAGAAGGAAUACGGCAAUGCCCUCAAAAAAUAUAACGAAAGCAUCUGCUCUGCUCCAAACGAUUCCGAAGAGUUGGGCAUGGGAUAUGCAAAUCGAUCGGCAAUCUUCUAUAACAUGGAAGAUCACGUGUUGGCUCUGGCGAACAUCACAUUGGCUAAGAAUCACAAUUAUCCGGAGCGACUGAUGCCCAAGCUAUUGGUACGGGAAGCCAAUUGCAAGCAAGCGAUCGACAAGCACAAUCACAAUCGGAAAGCAUUGGGUUCGAAUUUGAACCUUUUUCUAUCCGAUAGAAUCUGCGUUCGAAAGCUUCCCAUCUACGGUAACAGCUUGAUGGCAAGACAGGAUUUUAAAGCCGGAGAUGUGAUCCUUCAGGAAAAACCAUUGAUGGUUGCCGUCAGUGAGCAACUAAUAUUUAUCAGAUGCAACCAUUGCAUGUCGGGAAAUCUACUACAUUUGAUUCCCUGUCCUAAUUGUGUUUCGGCGAUGUUCUGUAACGAGAACUGCCUACAAGAUGGUCAGACAAUGCACCGUUUCGAGUGUGACAUUACUGGGGAAUUGAGUAAACUAAAGGAUACUUGUGUUGCAUCAAGAAUGUUCUUCCAUGGACUGGCUCUUUUCGAUGACGACGUUAACAAGAUGAUGGCAUUUUGCCGAACAGUCAAGACAACGGAAAACACUUUUCUAGACAUAGAUUAUUCAAACUACGACCCGCUGAAGGAGUUUGAGAUAUUCCUCGCGGAUAAACCAGGAGAGAAUUCAUUAUUGGACUACUCGAUGCGCCUCAAUGCGGCAAUAGUGCAUGCGUUGCUCUUGAACGUUUCCUCGGUCCGAGCUCUUAUCACCAACAGAGCGCAAGAAGAUUUCAUGCUGCAAUGUUUCGUCGAAUACUUGCAAAAGGUAGUCAGUAUGUCGAUCCAAAGGAGUCAACAUACUGGCUUCGUUAGUGUACUAUACCCGAUGGCAUCGCUGUGUAAUCAUUCGUGUGAUCCGAAUACGCUCGCAUUAGACAACGGAGGCCAGUUGAAAUUGAUUACCCUGCGUCCCAUUCGUCGAGGUGGACACAUAUUCAUCUCGUAUGGAGCUCACUAUCAGCAUGGCGCUACUGAACGGCAGCUUGAGUUAUCGGCGCUGGGAUUUAAUUGCAUCUGUGACGUAUGCGACGAGCAAAAGCAUCAAAAGUUAUUAGCAAAAGCCAGACACAGCAUUGCCAUCGCUCCUAAGGACUGGGCUACCAUAAAACAACUGAUGACCGAUACUGGAUUCAACAAUGCAGAUAGGAAGAAUGCACUGCAACAGUUUGUUCAGCGAUAUGCUUCGAUCCAUCCACGGAAGGAUUUCGCGUCCAUCCUUCAGAUGUAUUGCUUUUACCUGACAGGUACAUAUUCCCACGAAAUGGGUGCAGCAAUGCGAGCAAAGAUUGCUGGUUAA